AUGUCUUUACUUCGAUCAACCACGCUGCGCGUAGCUUCCAGGCUCCACCCAUUGCGAAAUGCAGUCCAAGUCCAAGGUCGGACGUAUGCCAGCGCGCGUGGCCUGCCUGCCAAAAUGAAUACAAGCAACGUCCCAUGGAUGGCAGCCGCCGCUGUUGGUACCGCUGGGGGUCUUUAUCUCGUUACAAAGCAAGACACAUCCCACGCCGACAGCAAGCAAGCAAAAGCGCAACACACCAACGUGGGUGAGACCGCCUCCAACAAUCAGGGCAACACUACGCCCUCAAAAGACAAUGACUUUGCACCCGGGACUCAGAAUGGCAAAAGCGGCGAAAAACUAGGCCAGAAGAAGAUAGAAGAAAAACCAGAUUCCAGUCAACCUGGCGCCGGUCGCCCUGACCCCGACGAAGAAGGCGGUCUCAUAGGCCACGGGCCACGUGAUUCCAAAAAGUCUGGAGACCCAGGUGCUGUGACGCCUGAUUUAUAUGACAAGCCCGAUCCCCGCGGCAAACCAACAAGCAUGAACCACAUGUCUGGCAAACAAGAGGGCCUGUCGAAUGCAGAUACGCAUCAUACGUCGCAGGUGUCGCACCAGCCUGAGAAGAGUAAGAAGGGCGAAGGUGUAGCGGAGACGGCGAAGCUCAAGGGGACUGUUUCGACGGAUCGGCCGGGGCCGGAGAACAAGGAGGAGAGGGGGAAGGCGAGGAUGGACAAGAAUGCUUAA